AUGCGUGGCAGACAUUUGCCUCUACGGAAGCGUGACGGAAAGGACACCAUCGUGAUGGUCGUCUACGUCGACGACCUGCUUGCAACUGGCAUCGUGGCAGCAGCAGUCGUUCGUUAUUUUGCCAGCCUCGCGAGCCUGUCGAUCAAGGACCUUGGCCGUGUGAGUUAG